GUCAUAGGUUACAGCAAUAUGCACCUCUCAAAACUAAUUCAAAAUUAUCCAAAAGAACACUGACCUAAUAAUGAUUGAUGCUGGAAAACAUUUGUGAAAAACAUCAAUGAAGACUGUCCCGAACAAUAGUAUGUCCCUUAACUCCUCCACUUCUACACUUGAAAAUUCUUUAGCAUAUAAAUAGGGUCAUUUGGUGGCUUGAAUAUUUCAUGAUUUCUGAUGAUCUACUUUAUUUAGGCCAAAGGCCAACAGACCUGCCUUUUUCUUUCCCUAGAGAUAGCUUUAAAAAUCUCCCCCUCCUUCCACCUAAAGCGAAAACCAACUCAUUAAACACGAAUCCGAUGGAACCAGAUGGUGACCCUCCACCUUUCUGGUCUGCCUCAACCGCCACCAUCCUCCACCACCAACGCCGUCGCCGGCGUCAACCUUCUCCGAUCUUCAGCCCCGUUUCACUCAUUCUUCUCCUACCGAUCAUAGCAUUACUGAUCAUAUUUUUCUUGCUUCCUCCAUUUCUCUCUCACACGACUCAGAUUCUUCGCCCCACUUAUUCAGUCAAAAAGAGUUGGGAUUCUUUGAAUAUCCUUUUGGUCGUGUUUGCAAUUCUUUGCGGUGUUUUUGCUAGGUGGAACGACGACGUUUCCGCCGCCGAGGAAGCUUCUUCGGAUCAUCAAAAUGCUGUUAGUACUUCUGAUUCCGGUUUUGCUAGUACAGCAGCUGAUCAGCUUAAUGAAACCACUCGAGUGGCGCGGUGGUUUGACGCUCCGGUCGGAUUGCCGCCGGAGAGCGGCGGUGUUAACCGUUUGAGGAGAAGCAGCAGUUCGUAUCCUGAUUUGAGACAAGGAUUACUGUGGGAAACCGGAGAAUCACGGUACCGAUAUUUUGAUGAUAUCGACGUGUACAGGCAGCAGGCCACUCCUUCCGAUCACCUAAACCACCGCGCACGCAGGAGUGAUGCGCGGAAUAAGGAGGAUACUAAUAAUGGAAUUAAAGUGAUUCCAGUGGACACUUUUGAAAUUCACUCGGAUCGGCCGCCUUCCCCUGAACCGCAACCACCGAAGCCACCGGCACCUCCGCCUCCGCCUCCCCCACCGCCGAUUAAUUCAAAGCCGAGGCGAACACUCCAGAGUGUACCACGAAAACAUAAGGUUAGGUUUGAAGUCAAGGUUGCUGAGGCUGAGUUGGAAGAAAGCCGAUCACCGAGAACAGCAGCUCCGCCGCCGCCGCCACCGCCGGAAAGCUUAAAGCCGAGACAAACACGUCAGCGUAAACGAAGGGAAGGAAAACCACGCGUUCAAGCUAAGGUUGCGGAGGCCGAGUCGGAAGAAGUUUUACCGCCACCACAAGCACCACCGCCGCCACCGACGCCUCCCCCUCCUCCGCCUCCACCACCGCCAAUUCCACUGUCAACUGUUGAUAUUGAUCGAUUUUCGGAGCGGAGACUGCAGAGGAAAAAGAGCGGGGCCAAGGAAAUAGCCACUGCUAUUGUUUCCUUAUAUAGUGAUCGGAAAAGAAAGAAAAAAUCAAAGCAGAGAAACAGUUCAGAAAGUUCCAGCGAAAAUUCUCCGACUAGUGUACAUUCAACUAUUCCACCAGCAACGCCGCCGCCUCCACCACCACCUCCGCCGCCGCCACCAUCGAAGGUUUUUCAGAACCUCUUCAAGAAAAGCAGCAAAAACAAACGCGUACACUCUGUUCCGGCAAAUGUGCCCCCUCCUCCACCGCCGCCGCCUCCUCCAAACUCAAUUUUCAACAACAUUUUCAAAACCGGGAGCAAGCGUUUCGAUUCAUCUUCGUCGGCCGCUCUGCCUCCACCACCACCUCCCCUGCCACCGUCCUCAAUCCUCAAUACUCUUUUCAAGCCAGGAAAUAAAAGCAGGAGGUUCAAAUUAGAUAACAAAACUCCUCCGCCGCCGCCGCCGCCACCGCCGCCGCCGCCACCUCCUCAGAAUCAGGUGUCAUCCAGACGACAGCCUCCAAUUACGCGAUCAGAAUCAUCCAGACGCUUGCCGUGCACCGCCUGGAAGCCACCAUUGCCAGCAAAACCAAACACCUAUUACGAGGAAUACCUGAACAGCGGCGCACAAUCGCCGUUGGUGCCACUCCCUCCACCACCUCCGCCGCCGUUCAAAAUGCCGGAAUUCAAAUUCGUGGCUAGGGGAGAUUUUGUUCGGAUAUUGAGCGCCCACAGCUCAAGGUGUAGCUCUCCGGAAAGGGCGGAAUUAGAAGACGUGGAGGUGAUGUCAGUCAAAUCAUCAUCAGAGACAAUGGACGGCCCAGAUUCAAACGGGCCGUCGGUGUUUUGCCCAAGCCCGGAUGUGAACUUGAAAGCCGACUCUUUCAUUGCUCGGCUGAAGGGUGAAUGGAAGCUCGACAAGAUGAACUCGAUGAGGGAGAGGGACACGUCAUCACUCCAUUCUCCACGCCCAAAUCUUGACUGAGCAUUAUUUUUCCCUUUUUUUUUUUGUUCAAAUUAAUUUUUGGACAAUCAUACUAAAUUUUUGCUCCCAAUUCCAAAAAAAAAAAAGGAAAAAAAAAGAUAUGCUAGAAGUAGUAGAAAAUGUGGUUGAUGAGUGGAUAUGUACAGAAGAAGUAGAGGAUUUGAAAGGGAUAUAUUUGCUACUCUGAUUGCUUUUUUUUUUUUUUUUUUUUU